UCAACAACAUGAGUUCGAUUGAGAAUAAGACCCCAACCACAUACGCAGAUGAGGAGGAAGCUUGCAUGUAUGCUAUGCAAUUAGCCAGUGCUUCUGCCCUUCCCAUGGUCUUGAAAGCAGCCAUUGAGCUCGACCUGCUUGACAUCAUUGCCAAAGCAGGUCCUGGUGUGCAGAUGUCCCCUUCUGAGAUUGCUUCUCACCUGACCACGAUGAACCCAGAUGCCCCUCUUGUGCUUGAUCGUAUUCUGAGACUCCUUGCCAGCUUUUCCAUCCUUAGUUAUUCUCUGCAAGGCCACGAAGAUGGCCGGGUUGAGAGACUUUACGGUCUCACUCCUGUUGGGAAGUACUUCUUGAAGAACCAAGCUGGAGGAUCCAUGGCUCCUUUAGUGCUUCUGAACCAAGGCAAAGUCCCCAUGGAAAGCUGGUACUACAUGAAAGAUGCUGUUCUUGAGGGUGGAAUUCCAUUUCACAAGGCAUAUGGAAUGACAUCAUUUGAAUACUUCAGUAAGGAUCCUGGAUUCAGUAAGGUUUUCAACAAAGGAUUAUCAGAUUAUUCAACCAUAACAAUGAGAAAAAUUGUUGAGAUCUACCAAGGGUUUGAAGGCAUCAAGUCAGUGGUCGAUGUUGGUGGUGGAAUCGGGGCAACACUUAACAUUAUUGUUUCCAAAUACCCUUCCAUUAAGGGCAUUAAUUUCGAUUUACCACAUGUCAUUAAAGAUGCACCUUCGUAUCCUGGUAUAGAGCAUGUUGGAGGAAGCAUGUUUGGAAGAAUUCCAAAAGGAGAUGUCAUCUUAUUAAAGUGGACAUGCCAUGACUGGGAUGAUGAAAACUGGUCGAAGAUAUUGAAGAAUUGCUAUGAAACCAUAGCGGAUGAUGGGAAGGUUAUCAUUAUCGAAUCAAUAGUUCCAAUAGAACCUGAGCCAAGCCUUGCUGCAAAGGUUGUCUUCCAACUAGACAGUAUCAUGUAUGCUAAUACCCCUGGAGGGAAAGAGAGGACCCAGAAAGACUUCGAAGCCUUGGCCAAGGGUGCUGGAUUUGCAGACUUUCGAGUGGUGUGUUGUAUUUUUAAUAGUUGUAUCAUGGAGUUACUUAAAAAGAUUUAAGUUUUUUUGAGUGGUGUGCUGUGUUUUCAA